GUUUCUCAGUCAUUCCAUUAUCAAUAGGAUUUUCGUUUAUAGUAGUAGGGAGUAUGAAUUCUAAGGGUUUUAAUUCAGAAUUUUGUAACCCUUUUUUACACAGGCCAUGGAUGGUUGACAAAGGGGCUGCUGCUACGCCUGCUAGUGGCAAUAAAGGGAUCAAAGGGAUUAUUGCAGGUGGGAUUACUGGAGGAAUUGAAAUAUGUAUAACAUAUCCUACCGAAUAUGUUAAAACUCAGUUACAGCUAGAUGAAAAAACGUCAAAACAAGGUUCAAAACAAUAUAAUGGAAUAAUUGACUGUGUGAAGAAAACAGUGCAAUCCCGUGGUGUAUUUGGUUUAUAUAGGGGUUUAAGUGUUCUUAUCUAUGGCUCUAUUCCGAAAUCAGCUGUCAGGUUUGGUUCAUUUGAAACUUUUAAAUCUUAUUUAGUAGAUGAAAAUGGAAAUUUAUCUCCUCAAUCUCGUGUGCUAUGUGGUUUGGGUGCUGGAGUUGCUGAAGCAAUUUUUGCUGUUACUCCAAUGGAAACUGUUAAAGUUAAAUUUAUUAAUGACCAACGGUCUCCUAAUCCACGGUUCAAAGGAUUUUUCCAUGGAGUUACCACCAUAGUAAGAGAUCAAGGAUUCAAGGGAGUGUAUCAAGGAGUUACUGCUACAGUGAUGAAACAAGGCAGUAAUCAAGCUAUUAGAUUUUUUGUAAUGGAAACUCUGAAGAACGCAUACACUGAUGGAGAUUCUAAAAAGAAAAUACCGAAAUAUAUAAUAGGUGCAUUUGGUGCUAUUGCUGGUGCUGCUUCAGUGUUUGGUAAUACUCCUAUUGAUGUCGUUAAAACUAGAAUGCAAGGUUUAGAAGCAUCUAAGUACAAAAAUACCUUUGAUUGUUUUUCCAAAAUAUGGAAACAAGAGGGUUUUACUGCGUUCUACAAGGGUACAGUUCCUCGUUUAUCUAGAGUAUGCCUUGAUGUUGCCAUAACAUUUAUGAUAUAUGAGUCAUUUAUGGAUCUGUUCAAUAAAGUUUGGCCUUGAAUAUGACAGUUUUCUAAUUAAGUAGUAAUUUUAUAAAACAUGUUUUGGUUUUUAUUUUAGUUUUUUAUUAAAAAAUAUAUUAACAUGAUUGUACUUGUUAAGGAUUUUUUUUUUGUAUGGGAUGAAUAUUUUAUUUUUGUUAUUAUUUAUAGUAUUUUUAACAAAUGUUAUCUACUUAUUUUUUUUAUGUUUUUAAUUUUGGAUUUUUUAUCUUCAUCGGUUUUCAUUCAAAUUUUAUGAAGCACAUUCCUUGGGCAUUUAAACAUUUUAAAUUUAUAUAUAUUUUUUAUAUUUUUAUGACUGAUCGAUUUCCUUUUGUACUCGAGAAACAUAUUUAUGUAAGGAUAUUUCUACCAUGGUUGGCCAUAGUUAUUUCCAUAUGUGCCUACAAAUAAGUAUAUUUUUCUAUUUUUUUAAUUAGUGUAAGUUACUUACAGUUUCAUUAUUAAUAUUGGACUGACGAAUCUUAGCUGGUUUAAGUGUUUCAUGGGUUUCUAAAAAAAAAAAAAAACAAUGAAAACACUGGAAAAGAAAUAAACAUAAUUUUUAUUUAUGUUACUGAAUUUUAUUUAAUAUUUGAAUUCACCACGCUAACAAAUUUUAAUGGGCUGUACUAAAGUUAAUUUUCUUAGCUUGGUGCUCUGCUUAUUCAUAUUUAUGAGCCAAAUAACACUCAGUUAUUUUAGAUUUUUUUUUUAACUAGGUACACCAACAUAAUCUCAUCUUAAGUCACAUAUUUGUUGUUAUUAUUAAAGUAUCUUUUUAAAAAUUAAACCAUUAUGGAAAUUAUCUCUAUAUCAUUUUUUAUUUAAUAUAAUAUAUUUUGUUGAUAAAUUGAUGGAUUCAUUAAGGAAGUAAAAUUGGAAAUAUAAUAGAACUAUAUUAAUAAUCUAUUCAUUGAUCGGAAUUUUUUACUUUUAAAAGAAAUAUCUAGGUGGCAGGGAUGGAUCAACACAAGUAGGGUCCCUAAGCAGUAAAAUGGUCCCUUACAAAAAAAGUUUCAAAUUUGAGAUCAUCAAUUUAUCAUUGUUUUUGGAUUUAUACCGUUAUUAUGUUGGGUCUUUUUUAAACCUUUUCAAAAAAAGAUAAGAUAUUAAAAGUUAAAAUCUGGGUCCCUUCAUGCCUUUUGCAAUAGGAGCCAUACGUGGCCAGUUAGUCCUGUUAUUGCUUAAUCAGCUCUUCCUCAGUGGUCUAGUAAAGCUCUCUUUAUUGAAUAUUUAAAUUAUUAUGUUUUAAAACAUAUUGAAUUUUUAUUAAAGACAUUAUUUAUAAGUAAAUAAAUGUGUUUGUAUAUAUAUAUAUAUAUAUAUAUAUAUAUAUUCAUACAGGGUUUCCUGUAAGUAGAGGGAAAUAUUUAAAAGGUUGAUAGCAGACAUCAAGAUAAAAAAAAAAGUUCAUAUGAACAAUUGCCCGCCCAAUUUCUAACAGAAAAGUAGGAAAUUAAAGUUUUUUUUUUAGUGAGUAACGUUUUUUGUUAAAUAGAAAGUGAUAACUAAACAAAUACUCGAUUUAAGUAAUUAAACAUUGCUUCAUAGUAAACUAGACAAAAUUUACUUCAAACAAAAGUAGAGUUUGUCAUAGUUAAAACCAUUUAAAGAGGACUAUUGAGCGGACAAACUCAGCUAAGUUUUGUUUAAAAAAAGUAUUAUAUUUGUGAUUUUUUUUUAUCGCUUUUUAACUAUACUAUAUUAUUCCACUUUCAGAAAAACUUCCUCAUUUAAUAAGCUUUACGUCCAUAUUAAUUAAGUUGAGAUUUAAUUAAGAAAAAAUUUGAUAUUUACCUCAAGUUGUAUAAAAAAAUGAUGUGAUUUUCUAUCUAGUCGCCUAAAAGUACCCAUAUUUUCAACAAAAAUGACUUGCAAUGUUUAUUUCUUGUUUUUCCGUGAUGUGGGGUGUAUUGUAAGAAGCGUAAUUGCCUAAAUAACCUUUUUAUUUAUAAAAAAGAAAAAAUUGAAAAUAAUGAUUUUUCAUAUAAAGUUGUUAUGGAACUGUGUUUUUCUCCCAGAUCUCUGUCAUAGGAAUUGAUCCGUAUCUAUAAGUGACAAACUCUAGCCCUAAUAUUUAAGUUUUCAUGAAAAACACAGUUAUUUAACCACGUUACAAUAAAAAUAUUUAAAAAAUCAUUAUUUAUAAUUUUUUUUUUAAUGAAUAAAGUUUGUAUUUAGACAAUUAUGUUUUAUUAUAAUAAAUUCCAAUUCAUGGAAAAACAAGAAAUAAAAGCUUUUCAACAGUUAAUUAUACUUUUAGGUCACAAUAGAAAAUCACAUCAUUUCUUUAGACAACUUGAGGUGAAUCUCAAAAUUUUUGCUAAUAAACCUCAACCUAAUUAAUAUGGACUUAAAGCUUAUUAAACGAGGAAGUUUUUCUGAAAGUGGGUUAACUAUAGUAUAGGUAAACGGUGAUAAAAAAAAAAAAUCACAAAUAAUUUAAGACUUUUUUUUAACGAAACUUAGCUGAGUUGGUCCGCUCGAUAGUCCUCCCUAAAUGAUUUUAACAAUGAAAAACUCUUCAUUUGUUUGUAGUAAAUUUUGUCUAGUUUACUAUGGAGCCAUGUUUAAUUACUUAAAUCAUAUAUUUUUUAGUUAUCGCUUCCUAUUCAACAAAAACAUGACUUAAAAGAACACAAAUAUUAAGCUUUCUACUUUUCUGCUGGAAAUUAGACAGUUGUUUAUAUGAACUUUUUUUAUAGAUCUUGAUGUCUACUAUCAACCUUAAAUAUUUUCCUCUACUUAUUUUACUCCCCUGUACAUAUUUAUGUAUAUAUGUAUCUAUGUAUAUAUACACAUAAAUGCCUACAUUUAAACAAUAAUUUGCGUGGUUUAAUUGUAUUAUAUGUGGAAAUAUCAACCAGUGUUCUCAUUGCAUUUUGAUUUAUAAAUCAUUCUUAUUCAGCUGUUACUAUUGUUUUGUAAUUAUGAUUACACAUGAAAUUUUGCUUUGACCAUGAUAUAAUGAUAUUUGAAUAAGUGUUUAAAAUUUUUUAUAUGAACAAUUGAUGAGAUUUGAUUCAUGUUUUUGAAAAUAUGUUAUUCCUUUAUUUUCAAUUUCAAUUUAAUUUAUUUUUGAAUUAAUUUUGCCCAAUUUUGAUGUAUGUUUAAUUAACUAACCAUGCAAUUGCAAUUAUUAUUUACGGUUCAAAUCUGUAAUUAGGUUUUCUUAUGCUUCUACUUAACACUAAAUUUAUGAAAGAAAUUUCAUACCUUUUCUACCAAUGGAUGUAUUAAUUGAUGAAAAAUUAAUAUUCGUGUAUAUCUGUAAAUCACAAACUUUCAACAUUAUUUAACAUAUAUAUAUAUAUAUAUAUAUAUAUAUAUAUAUAUAUAUAUAUAUAUAUAUAUAUAUAUGUUACAAGAAUAAUAAAUGGCUUCCCAUAAGAUGUUUAUAUGUAUAUAUAUAAGAUAUAUAUAAAAGUUGUAAAAAUAUAUAUAUGUAUAUAUAUAUAUAUAUAUAUAUAUAUAUAUAUAUAUAUAUAUUGUACAGCAAAACAUCUUAUGAGAAGCCAUUUUAGUGCCCUUGUAACUUUUUUCUUAUAGAAAUAACGAACAACUUACAAAUUAGUGUACUUAAUUGAUGAAAGAAUGUAUAACAAAUCAAAAUGUCAAAGAAAAUUCAAGAUAGUAUAUUUCACAAAAUUUGAACAGUCUCCCAGUCUUAGCUCUGCCCAUCUUAAGGGUUUCCUUAAGUUGUUUGCCUGUAUGCUAUAAGUAUAGAUUUGAUGGGUUUUAUAAAUCUAAUGUGAAAGAUAACCUAGUGAUAAUUAUUUUUAUUGAUAUUUUAAUCUACAAAAAUGAGAAAGAAAGGAAUUUAAGCCUAUAUCUUGUAUUAUAUUAUUUGUAUUUUUUAACAUUCAAACAUUAAGAAACUAUACUAUAAGUCUGUUUACAAAAGUAUGGUUUUUUUUUUUUAAAUUCAUUUAUUCUCUUUUGUUAUUAGGCCCAUUUCUCACAUAGGAGAUAUAUGUUAGGAAACUUUGAUUUGUUUUUUAUUUAGUUUUCUUAUAUCAAAAAAUUCUUUGUUUCAAGUUAUUAUUAAUAUUCAAAUUUUACUAGCUAAUAGAGACUGUAUUUUUACUGAAUAUAGGUUCAUGCAUUAACAAUAAAAUUAAUGAUACUUUAGUGAGCAUAGUUGUUAAUUAGCAAUAUUGUUUAAUUUUUAAAGGAUUUUAAGUAGAGCAUUAAUCGUCCAUUUAUGCUCUGAUAAUAUUCAUUCCAUCUUAAAAUGUAUUGUUCCUUCUACAAUUUAUUUAUUUAUUUAUAAGGUUUAUAUAUUCUGUUCAAUGACAUACUUUUGUAAAUGGCUUACAAGUUAUUCAAUUCAGCUGUGGAUAGACAAUGACUUUUUAAUGACUUCAUUCCUUAUAGGUAUAUUAACAGUUACAUUUAUAUUUUUACUUUGCUUUAAUUGUGUUUUUAAGUACAGAUGUAACAUAAAUUUUUUAUGUUUUAAAAAUUUCCUUAACAUUUUACUUCCCUUAGUUAUUAAAAUUCUAAUUUAAUUACUAGAAGGUUUUGUAAUAUUUUUAUUUCUUUUGUUAAUAUUUUUAUUGUAUUAGCCACUUUAAUUUAAUGCUUAACUGACUUUUGGUCACACUGAUCUUAAUUUUUUUUUGUACUUAUUGUAAAAUGUGUUAAAUGAUAGAAAAGAAAAAUUAUAUUAAAAAAAUAUAUAUGUUUGGAACUUUUCAAGACCUAAACAAAAAUAUUGUACUUUUUACCAUUUUUUUUUCUUUUCGUUUACCUAGUCAUAUAUAAUGUUAAUCAAAAAUUUGUAUAUUUUGUUCUAUGAAGUAAUUUCAUUUUCAUAGUUUAUGAUAGUGUGACAGUGCACUUUGUUAUGUUUAUAUUAUUGAUCAAAGUUCUUAUCUGCACAUUAUAUGCCUUAGUUAAGCCUAGUCUUCCUUAUAUUAUGAUGUUGGGGAAAAAAAUAUUAAUUUAUCAUUUAUUUUUAUAUUUAUAUAUAUAUUUUUUUUUAAAUUGUUUCUAUAUAAUGAAAAUAUGUUAAUAUAUAUAUGUUUAUGUUAUGUUAUGUGCUUUAAAAUGUGGCCAAAAUUAUUAUUGAUAUUAUUUAUUUCUUUUUAAAAAAAUAAAAAAUCAUUACAUCAUGUAUAUAAGGUACUAAACCAAACAUUUAUGAAAUUUGAUAUAAGUUAACUAUUUGUAGUUUGGGAUUUGUAUCAGUUCAUUAUCAUUAUUAGGGGAGUAAUAUAAUAUUUUGGUCUGGCCAUCUGAUGAAUGUUCAAUUUAAUGUGAUAUUACUUCAAUCAUUUAUUUUCAUUCAUUAUUUUAUUUGGAUAACUUGCUAUUUUAUGUGUACAAAUAAAUGUUGAAUAUUUAUUAUAACUAAUUUGUAAAUUUUAAAUUAAAUUGCUUUAUUUAAUCCUUA